AUGGCCGCCUCCACCAUGUCCAUCUGCUCCAGUGACCUGAGCUACGGCAGCCGGGUCUGCCUGCCCGGUUCCUCUGAGUCCUGCACCGGCUCCUCCUGGGAGGUGGACAACUGUCCAGAGAGCUGCUGUGAGCCCUCCUGCUGUGCCUCCAGCUGCUGCACCCCAGCACCAUGCCUGACCCUUGUCUGCACCCCAGUGAGCUGUGUGUGCAGCCCCUGCUGCCAGGCAACCUGUGAGCCUAACCCCUGCCAGUCAGUGUGCACCAGCUCCUGCACGCCCUCGUGCUGCCAGCAGUCUAGCUGCCAGCCAGCUUGCUGCACCUCGUCUCCCUGCCCGCAGGCCUGCUGUGUGCCCGUCUGCUGCAAGCCCGUGUGCUGUGUGCCUGUCUGCUGCAAACCUGUGUGCUCUGUCCCCAUCUGCUCUGGGGUUUCCUCUUCAUGCUGCCAGCAGUCUAGCUGCCAGCCGGCUUGCUGCACCUUGACCCCCUGUCAGCAGGCCUGCUGUGUGCCCGUCUGCUGCAAGCCCACCUGCUGCAGACCCUCAUCCUGUGUGUCCUUGCUGUGCCGCCCUGUGUGUAGACCCGCCUGCUGUGUGCCUGCUUCCUCCUGCUGUGCCUCUGCCUCCUGCUGCCAACCCCGCUGUUGCCGUCCAGCUUCCUGCGUGUCCCUGCUUUGCCGCCCUGCCUGCGCCCGCCCAGCCUGCUGUGGCCUUUCCUCUGGCUCCUCCUGCUAA